GCAGAGUUACAGGAAGUCCUGGGAGAGGAACAUGGAGAAGAAACCAGAGAGAGAGAGACAGAAACAACGGGAACAUCUCCUAUAACCACAGAGCAUCACACUGAUAUGCCAACACAGAUGAUUCCUGUUGUUUCCAGUGGAUUGCAGAAGACGGUAGAAGACAGGAUAGCUAUUUACAAGACAGCAAUACUGAACUCAAAGGAGGCUGGUGAAAAUGCCAAAGUGCGACGAUACGAGCGAGGUCUCAAGACACUGGAAUCCAUGCUGACUGCGUUGAAGAAUGGCAAAAAAGUGAAUGAAGAAGAAAUGCCACCUCCUGUGGCAUCUGGGAAGAGCUCUUCAUCUGUGCCACAGGCCACGCCUCAGAGUGACUUGCCUAAAAGCUCAACUGAUCAAGAUGAAGUGCCAUUACCUGAGGAGGAAGGCGUGGAAGGCCUCUCAGCAGCCCAGAAAUUGACAGAUCCCAGUGAUCAGCAGUUGUCUGUAAACAGAACUGCUGUCGAGGAUCAGGAUGUAAACACACAUGACCUAGGAACAAAAGCUACUUUGGAAAAUGAUUCCAAACAUCUUGACACACGGGCACUGCUUGUGACAAGAGAGAAGGAGUACAAAUUAGCAGCAUUGAAAGCUAAACAGAAAGGGGACCUUGAGAAGGCAAAAGAAUACAUGAGGACUGGGAAGAAAUUUAGCCUGGUUAUAGAAGCCUUGGAUAAUGGGCAGCCUGUAGUCCUCAGGGAUAUGCCUCCUGCCCUGGAAAAACUUGAAAGUACAGAAGACGUGCAGUCUCCCUCAAUACAAACUCCAUCUGUACCUGUGGAAAAUUGUCAGCUUGUAACUAAACCGGAUUUUCAAGGUUACGAAGAGCCAGGUUCCCAACAGCAGCCAAAAACGGUGCUAGAAGCUCUGAAUGAGAGGCUGGAAAAGUACAAGUCAGCAGCAACUCGAGCCAAAGCAAAUGGUGAUGGCCGGAAAAGUAGGAUGCACGACAGAAUAGCCAAGCAAUAUCAAGAUGCCAUAAAAGCACAUAAAUCAGGAAGAAAAGUGAACUUUGCUGAACUACCGGUCCCCCCUGGAUUUCCUCCAAUUCCUGGAAUGUCUCCUAUAGAUGAUCAUAGCACAGUUUCUGGAAUGCUGGAAAAUGCUAACACGUUGAUUAAGAUGGAAGAGGAGAAAGAAACAACCUAUGACAAAGAUGAUGAUGAUGAGGGUGAAUCUUCCACACAGGCUCCAGCUGCCCCCAAACCCACCCCACUACCUACAAAACCUGUGCAAAUUGUUCAGCCGCUAGUGGUGCAAUCUACUGUAACCCAGGAAGACUCCACUUCAGAGAAAGAUCAUUCCCUGCCUAUCUCUGCAAUAGCAUCAGAGAGAUCGCCAUCUAUUGAGCAUCUCCCUUCAGCUGCCAAGGAGCAUCUUGAAUUUUUAGAGAACAGAAAAAAGCAAUACCUCAAAGCUGCAAUUCAGGCAAAGAAGAAAAAUGAUCUUGAACAAGCCAAGGCCUACCUGAGAACAGCCAAGAGCUUAGAUCCAAAAAUUGAGAUGGCCAAAAAUGGCAAAUUGGUAGAUAUUUCAAAGCUGCCUUCACCUCCUACGGAUGACGAGGGUGAUUUUAUUUUCAUACAUCAUGAAGACUUUAGACUUUCUCAGAAAGUAGAAGAAGUUUACAUUCAACUCAUCAGUCUCCUGAAAGACCAGCAUGAGAAAUGUAUGCAGUAUUCCAAACAAUUUAUGCAUUUGGGAAAUGUAACUGAAACAUCAAGGUUUGAAAAGCUAACUCAGCAUUGUAAAAAGGAUCUAGAGAUCCUACAGCUCGCCCAGAAGCAGGGGUUAGAUCCUCCAAGCCAUCACUUUGAAGAACGAACCUUUAAAAUUGUAAGAAUAUUUUCAGAACUCAGUAGCACAGAAAUGCAUCUAAUCAUUGUUAGAGGAAUCAAUCUACCAGCUCCAGCAGGAGUAGCGCCUAAUGAUUUGGAUGCUGUUGUGAAAUUUGAAUUUCAUUACCCUAAUACAGAACAAGCUCAGAAAAGCAAAACAUCAGUGGUUAAAAAUACCAACUGCCCAGAAUAUAAUCAGCUAUUCAAGUUGAACAUUAAUCGCAAUCAUAGAGGUUUUCGAAGAGCAAUUCAAACCAAAGGAAUCAAGUUUGAGAUUUUUCACAAAGGGUCCUUUUUCAGGAGUGACAAGCAAGUGGGAGCAGCACAUUUGAAACUUGACAAAUUGGAAUCUGAAUGUGAAAUUAGAGAGAUUGUUGAGGUUUUGGACAGUAGGAAGCCUACUGGAGGCAAACUAGAAAUAAAAGUAAGACUUAGGGAGCCACUUACUGGGCAAGAUCUUCAGACAAUUACAGAAAACUGGCUAGUUCUUGAAUACUAAUUCUGCUGAAGAUCCAGGAAUGCUAAAAGCUGCAGAAUGGACUUUACAUGGAGUUUCUGCAAGCACCAAAGAUGUUCAGUGAAUGCACUACUAAACAUAACAUCUUUAUUUUCAUAACUAUCAUAUAGUAUGAGUUGGUAAGCUUUGUAAGUCUACUACUAGGAAUGAAGGUACUUAUACACAAAGAGACUGACCUAUUUUAACCUUUCUUGAGGCUAAAAUUGUUGGUAAUACAUAAAUGGUACUUGUUAAUGUGAUUGCUGACUUGAGCAAAAAAAGGACAUGUUGGUAAGUGUGGAGAAAAGAGUUUAAUAAAUAGCAGUAUAAUUAAGAUAUGAUGCAGCAGCUCAUGUUAUAUAACCUGCAAUUAAGAUGUGUUUCUGACCCAUGGAAUAAAUGGAUAGUCUUGUUUACUGAAGUGUAGGUUAAGCAGCUGUGAUUGUAUCUCUCUUUAAAUUGCCCGCAAUGAAGAUUUUAAGUUACUGUACAUCUUUUCAUAUAUGCAUCCAUGUUGCUCAAGUGUGACUAGAGCACAACUUCUCCAAGGGGGAGCCUGUAUCAAAUGUGAGAUAGUUAAUAGUUCUUUUUUAAAUUCUCAUUUGUAUUCCUUUAGCUCUUCUGUCAACCAAGGCAGGAAUAAAACUGUUUACUGUUAAAUAUCAAGAUUUUUAUCUUGCUUCAGCAAAUACAGUAGAUACACAACAAUUGGACUGAAAGUACAAGACAGUUGUCGCCUGCCUCCUAAAUAGAACAAGCAACUAGAGAUCAAAAUUAUCUUUCUUUUUCUCCAAGUUUCAUGGCUUCCAGCAAGGGAGUUGCAGAAGAUUUCCACAAUAUGUGUGUGAUUUCAUACAUACACUUAAGUCUGCCAUGCAGCCAGCAUUCAUUUCUGUCUUAAGUCAGUGGAGACAAUGCAGCAUUGUUGUAAUUUUAAUAAAUUUAAUAUACAAAACUACAUGUUGAAAAUAAAAAUAUAAUAUGCAGUC